AUGGUUACCGCCGCGACGAGCUUCGCCUUUUCGCGAGCCACGCGACUAGGGUUGCUCUUCGCGAUACCGACCUUGUUGCUGCUGCUCGUGGCGAACCGCACCUCCUUGCCCCAUAGCGCCCUGCCACGUGGACCCGAGAAUGUAGCAGCAGGCGAGGACACGUCGCACGGUGGAGGCGACGCGGUGCGACGAGAGACUCUUCUGUUGGCGGGCGACGAGAGAUUAGCGCCGCCAGCACAGCCAUCCGUAUCCACCGCAUCAUCAGUAGCAGCAGCAGCAGGAGAUAUGGGAGAAGAAAGAGGUGCAAUCAUAGCAGGCAGUGCGGCAGCCGGCGUACUACCUGCAGUGGCAUCUUCAGGGGAAGGCGAGAGCGUGGGAGCGAGGGUGGAUGGAUCGCUUGAUGUCGCGCAUGGCAGGGCGGAGGGAGAGGCGGAGGCGGGUAACGCUGGCUCGCAGCAGCAGCAGGAUGCGCAGCAAAUGAAACGACAAAGAAGCGAGUCCCCAGCAAGGAGCAGCAGCAGAAGGGACCGACUAGGCAUCAGGUCUGGCCGCAGCACCGGUGCCUCACCUGCCACACACCACAGCAACCACACGGCCACUACUGGCAGCAGCAGCCGCAGCAGCGGGCACGGUACGGAGCAAUCCCGCAGCAGGUGGAGAGGCAUGAGCAGUGCGGAGGGCGGUGAGGAGGAGUGCAGGGGGCGGCGCAUCUUCAUUCUGGACCUGCCUGCCCGUUUCAACCACGACCUGCUCGCGCUCUGCCCCAACGUCUGCCCCCCCUCCGCCCACCUGCAUCUGGCCGCCUGCCAUGGCAUGGGGCUCCCCAUCCCCGCUGCAGCCAGCCCUGUACGCGAUGUAAGACGCUCCAGUACUGGUUUCGAGGUUCCGGCGUCGUCAUCUUCUUUUACCCGGACGAAGCGCAGGGAUCGAUGGGGUACACGGAGGAGAAGAGACAGGAGGAAGGAGAGCAGCAGAGGCAGUUGGAGUUACAGCCACAGCAGGAAGACUCUUGCAACAGCAACCGACGCUGAGUCAUCAGACAUUCUCACGGUGUCAGCAGGCUCUAGCGCUGAGUCAGCAGACACGACCACUGACUCAUCAAACACAAGCACUGAGUCAGCAGACUCAACCGCUGAGUUAGCAGACCCUCACAAACCCACCAACGAGGUGGACAUAGGUGGCCCUGGGUGGUACACCACCAGCCAGUUCGCCCUGGAGCGGCUGUUCCACGUGCGGCUGCAGCAGUACCCAUGCCUCACCCCCCACCGCAUGGCAGCACAGCUGGUGUACGUGCCCUACUACCCCGGCUACGAUGUCAAGCGCCACCUCUCCUCCGCUCCCAACUGCUCCGUUACCGACGCCCUGGGCCUCGCUGCACUGGAUGUUGCUUUUGCUGCUCACGGGAGUGGUGCUGGUGGCGGUGGUGGUAGUGGUGGCGGUGGUGGGGAUGGGGAUGCGGGUGGGGAUAGUGGCAGUGUCGCUACUGCUGCUGCCUCCGGCAGUAGUGGUGGUGUUGGUGGUGGUGAUGCUGUGUCCGUCUCGCCUCCGCUCCUCCUCCUGCUCGGCCACAUUGCCAUGGAGUUUUUCCGCUUCCCCUACCAGACCUGCCCGGGGCCAGGUUCGGCGCUGCUUCGGGACCCACGGCUGGUUCGGCAAGGCAACGCUGUGAUUGUGGGGAUAGAGGCGUACCCUGAAGGUGUUCCUGUAACGAGUGUGCCCUAUCCCAGCUACUUCCACCCUCGGACCAAAGGGGAGCUAGACGAGUGGAGGAGCAAGGUGAUGGGGGUGGAGUGGGAGGAAGGGGAGUGGGAGGGCGAGCGGGGCGUGGGAGAGAAAGAGGAGGGAGUUGGAGGUGAAGAGGAUGGUGAGGAGGGACUAGGGAGAGGGGGAGAGGUGGAGGAGGUGGUGAGAACUUUGGAGCGUAAGCUUGGGGAAGAGGAGGGUGAUGAUGAUGGUGAUGGUGAUGGUGGCAGUGAGGGGGAUCAAGUUGAGGAGAUUUGGAAGAAGCUGAAGAACCAAGUGUAUGGGGAGAAGGAGAGUACAGGUGGGAAGAAGAUUGGUGAGGAGAAACUAGGGGAGGAGGGGAAUGAUGGGGAGGAGGAGGGAUCGGAUUUGGAGGAGGCGGAGGAAAAGGAGACUGUGAAAGGGACAGAGGAGAAAAGGAAGGUGGAGGAAGAGGGAGGUGAGGGAGGUGAUGGUGAUGAAGAUGCAGGGGAGGAGGCGACGCACGGAGAAAAAGGGAGGGACAGGCAGAGGGGAGACGAGGAAGAGGGAGCAACGGAGCGGGACAAAGAAGAGGAGGAGGUGGAGGAUGUUGUGAGGCAGGUCUGGGAGAAGCUGCAGAGACAGGUGCUGGGUGAUACCGAUGAGGGGGUGGGUGAGACAGAGAGACAAGAGAAAGAGGAAGAGGAAAAGGACAAGGGAGAGGAACAGGAAAAGGACAAGGGAGAGGAAGAGGAAAAGAACAAGAGAGAGGAAGAGGAAGAGGAAAAGGAUGCGGGAGACGAAGAUGAAGAGGAAGGGGUAGGGGAGGGUGAGAAGAAGAGAAGGGGUUUGGAGGGAGAGAGUAAAGUAAAGGAGGUGAAAGGGGAGGGCGAGGAGGAGGAUGAGGAUGAAGAUGGUGUGAAGCACGCAUGGUUGAAGCUGCAGAGGGAGGUGCUGGGAGAUACAGACGCUGAUGGGGUGGGUGAGAGCUUGGACGGAAAGGAGAGAGGAGGAGCGGAAGAGGCGGAUGAGGAAAGAGGAAAGGAAGAGGGGGAAGAGGAAGGAGGAGAGGGGGAGGGGGAAGAUGAGGAUGAGGUGAAGCAAAUGGGGGAAGAAGAGGGAGAGGACGACAGGGACGUGAAGGAGCGGGUCAGUGCAAGGGAGCAGGCAGGGGAGGGCAAGGCGGCCGAGGGCAGCAGUGGUGACAAGCGGGCAGGGCAGGGCGAGGAGGGGGUGGCAGAAGGAGAGGGAGGCGAGGGAAAGGAGGGCGAGGGAGAGGAAGGAGAAGAAGAGGAGGAUGAGGAGGAAGAAGUGGAGAGCAGAGAGAGAAAAGCAAGCAGUGGGAAGAAGACGGCUGCAUCAGCAGGGCCCUUCUUGCAGCACCGAGGGAAGGUGGAAAGGAGAGCCCUUGGAGGGGAAGGAGGGGGGCGGUGGGAAAAAGGUGGUGGGAGUGAGGUGCAGAGGAAGGACGGCAGAGGGGGAUUGAAGGAGAGAGGAGUGGGAGACAUGGGAGCAGAGAGUGGCGCCAGGCGCAGCGACGUCAUCUCCCAGCGAGGCGGCGCUGAACCCGCUGCUGUGGCCGGGGCGGCACUACGUGACAAACUCAUGGCUGAAUGCGACGCUGCUGGGCGGCAGUGCAAAUUCCUGGACUGCGCAAUCCAAUGCGAAGAUCCAACCGGUGAACCCAGCAAUAACAAAAACCACCACCAGCACCAGCAGCAGCAGCAGCAGCAGCAGCAGGUGCGGCAUGGGCAGCAGCAGCAGGUGCGGCAUGGGGAAUGCCCGGGGGCAGGGGUGGAGGUGGCAGCAGCAGUGGCGCCCAACCCAGUGUACCUGUGUGACUACCCGCGCAUUGUGAUGCGCACGCACCUGGCCUCACACUUCUGCCUGCAGCCCUGGGGUGACAGCCCCACCCGCCGCUCCCUCUUUGAUGCCAUGCUGGCAGGAUGCAUCCCCGUGGUCUUUUCUGAUUGGUCAGUGCAACGGCAGUUCCCGUGGCACUUGCCGGUGCAUGAAGGGGAGCGGAUCGGGUUUGAAGUCGGGGCUUCUGGUGACGUUGUUCCACUGCCCUCAUCGGCCUCUCCCUCAUCCCACGCUCGCUCGUCCCGCUCUCCCUCCAACACGCCAUUCUAUGUCUUCGUUCCAGCUGAAGCCAUUUUGAAUGGGUCUGCUGACCUGGUUGCCAUUCUCUCCUCCUUUCCCCCUUAUAAGGUGGCUCGCAUGAGGCACAGAAUCAUGCAGCUGCUACCACGGCUGCUGUACAGACGAACAGGGGAGGAGGAUGGGGUGGUGAGGAGGGUGAUAAAGAGUGACGUGGUUGAGAGCACGGGGCAGAAGGAAGAGGAGAAGCUGUUAUGGGGGAAUAAGCGGAGGGCAGGCUGGAAUGAGCUAGUGAAUGUGGAUACUGGUAACGAUGACACAUUCAAAGAUGCUUUUGAUGUGAUCAUAGAGCGGGCUCUCAGCCAUGCUCUUGAGCUGGCAUGGGCUGGUGGGCCCUUGGUAUAG